AUGGGUUUACUUACGGAUCCUAGAGCUGGAACCGGCAAAAUCAUAAAAUUAUUAUUAAAAUGGGAGAAACCUUUAUGCUUUGUAUUAUAUAUAGGAGGAGUUGUAUGGCUAAUGCUAUUAGCGUUACCGGCGUUUAAUGAUAAUACCUAUUUUUCUGAGAAUGCUUUAUUACCUGGAUUAGUCACGAAAGAAAGUAACCUGGAACAAACGUCAAAGCAGUAUUUCUAUGAACUUAGUCACGAGAUGAAGAGAUAUCCGGAUAAUAUGCCUUAUGCAUGGCUCUCGGCAAAAUUCAGUCAGCUUCAUUUAGAUGUAUUUGUACAUAAUUUUUCCUUAAUUUAUCCAUUUCAGGAACAGAAGUUUGUAGGACAAAAUGUUUAUGGUAUUGUCAGAGCUCCGCGAGCAUCCAGUACUGAAGCUAUUGUAGUCAGUGUGCCAUAUAGACCUAUUAACAGCAUAUAUUUAGAUACUGCACCUUCGAUAGCUCUAUUACUUGCAUUUGCAAAGUUUUGCAGAAAACAAAAAUAUUGGGCAAAAGAUAUAAUAUUUCUUGUAACAGAGUAUGAGCAGUUGGGUAUGCAAGCAUGGCUAGAUGCAUAUCAUGGAUCUACCAGUGGCCAGGAAGGAAUCUUGAUAGCAGGAGAUUUAUCUGGCAGAGCUGGAUCUAUUCAAGCUGCUAUUAAUCUUGAGUUUCAUGCAAUGAAAAUCACAUCAAUUGAUGUUAAGGUAGAAGGUCUAAAUGGACAGCUUCCCAAUUUAGAUCUUUUUAACUUAGCACAAAACAUGAUAGCUAAAGAAGGCAUUCAACAGUCUUUCCAACGUCGAUUUGACGUUAAUUAUAGAGAUAAAUUUAAAAGUUGGUGGUAUCAUUUUAACACGUUAAUGAGUAUGGUAGCGACACAAGCUACUGGAGUUCCAACUGGUAAUCAUGGGCUCUUCCACAGGUUUGGUAUUGAAGCCAUUACGUUAGAAGGUUUCAAAAAAUCUGGAAAAGAAACAGGAACAAAUUUUUACCAAGUAGGACGUAUAGUAGAAAGUAUAGUAAGAUCGCUUAAUAAUUUAUUAGAGCGUUUCCAUCAGUCAUAUUUUUUCUAUUUAUUACCUUCUACCGAUCGAUACAUUUCUAUUGGGUUAUAUAUGCGACCUUUGGUACUAAUAAUCGCUAGUUUGUUUAUAAAGGCAUUUUCUAUUUGGCAAAGAUUACAGACAUUAAAUAAUUCGAAUGAAACAAAAAAGAAUAAACAAGAUUUAUCGAAUAAGGUCGACAAAUUCGACAUCGGAAGUAUCGCUUCCGAAGUGUUGUGGGCGCACAUAUUUGGAGUACUAAUAAUGGCUUCUCCUCGAAUUUUCACUUUAAUCGGAUCACAGAUGUUGAAUCUACGUACAGAGGAUUCAUUAUACAUCAGUUUUACCUUAAUCACGAUCCUCACGAUGUUUGGGCGCUUUUAUCCGAAGAGAUCAAUCAAAUACGAAAAUAUAUCACUCGUAUUCGUUAUUGCUUUGAUCGAGCUAGCUACCGCAUUAAUGUGCAUAGCUAUGCACAAUUUCUCAUUAGCAUUAGUGACGGCCGUUGUGUAUGUACCAAUUGUAUUUUUGAUAACACCGCAUCAUGAAUCUGCUUCCAGAUUCCGCUGCUGCCAAUAUAUCGUAUGGAUCAUGCUGCAUCCAUUUAUUUCAUCGGCGAUUGUCGUGAUGGGCUACACAUAUCUUAAUUUUCCUACUGAUCCCAUUCCAUCCCUGUUUCUUAGAAGCUAUCGCGCCAAUAAGCAAGCACUUGUAUUCAGCAUUGUUGAUUCUAUGAUAUACGGCAAUUGGUUCUACAAUGUCGCCACUGCUGUUAUGUUACCGAUGUGGAUGUUAUUUUGGAAUGUUAUGCACUCGAGCAUCGCGACUCCCUUACGAUAAAACGAUUGUGUAAUUCACGAUAGUAUUUUUAUCGAUUCGAGUUAUACAUAAAUUAUCUU